GUCCAAAAAAAAGAGAAAACUUGGUAUUGUAGGAAGAAAAAUCAUUAGGUUUGUCUUUGAAUCUCCUACUGCUUGCUAUUUUUUUGCCUGUCUAUAAUGACCAUGGCAACAUCACCCACUUAUUUUUAUGUACGUCUCACCAACGCUGUUCUUUCAAUCUUGCAGGCCGCAGCAACACUACAAUCUAACAACAUGUUUGGGAGAAUGCAGGGAUUGCAUCUUAGCCCAGCACUGUGUGGGACCUGUAAAUUAAAUCAGGCAAUCCUUUUGGAUUCCACACAUUACUUGAUGAGCUUACAUCUGACUUAGUUUUGUGGGAUUAAAGGUUUACAGCAUAUGAUACACUUUGAAAGAAAACUCUCAAAAGGAGAGACCUUUCCACUUUUUCGUGGCUUUUCUAGCAUGUUGCUGGUUGAAAUAAAGGGUUCAGAGGCGCACAAUGGUGCUUUCCAUGUCGCAGUAUUGUUCAGCAACAAAACAAUUCUUGCUCUUUUCACGUGACCAUGAUUUUUAUGAAGCUUUAAUUACAAAAUGUCCUAUUGGCGUGGAUACCCCCAUAGAUAUCAUAGGUACAGAAAAAACUCAUAGUUGUGUUUUAUUCCAAAAAUAUGCAAUACAAAUGUCCUUUCUUGCUGUCAGUGCAUCCUCAGCAUCCCUACUAAUCAAAGUGUGAAGGAGUGUGAGGUUUUCUUUCCGAGUGUGGAUUUUGAGUGCGGCCUUGCAUUAUAAGUUUAGAUGGAGUGUUCUUUACCUUUUCCUAACUUUAUGAAGGAAAUUUUGAUCUUGUGGUCAUCAUAACCUGCAUGAGCAAAGCUUUUUAUCUUCUUUUUUUUCUUUCUUUUUUUUUAACAAAUUGUAAAACAAAUUUGUCUUAUCCAGCCACACCUCCUGCCCCAGCUGCCUCCCUGCAAUCUAAGGCUUCUUCUGGCCCAAAGUCCAAAGGCAAAGAUGCCAAGAGUGGGGCGGGUUCCUCCGCCCCAAAGGCUGUCCCCAGCCGAAGAAAACGCUCCUCUAUGUCUGCCUCCUCCUCCUCUCCCACCUCUCCAAAAUGUACUCCUUCCUCUACCCCAUGUUCUCCUUUAAAAUCUCCUUUAGCAACCUCACCAGGAAGCCCUUCUGCCACUAGUCAGGGCAACCGUGCUACACCAAAAGUGGUCAAGGCUGGCAAAAUGGGCAAACCUAAAAAAGGAGAGGUGUUUGUUCCGGCACCUGCUUCUGACCCGGUAGAGUCCAAGGCUACCCCAUCAGAGAAUAAGCCCAUAGAACCUAAGUCAAAUCCUUGUGAUCCUAAAGCCGUGUCACCCACUGCUGCCAAGCCUUCCCAGGCUCCUCCUGCUUUUAAAGUGACCUCAAAACCUGCAGCGGCGGCCCCAGUUUCUUUUACAGAUACUCUUACAUCCAACCCUCCUAAAGCAGCCGAGGUUAAGUCACGUUCAGUAAACACUGCCUGUGUCUCUGCAGCAGUAGAUGAUGAGCUCCCUCCACUCAUCCCACCUGAGAAGCCAGGCAAGGUACCAGUUUCUGUGUCCCCCAUCCAUAAAAAAAACACAAAAGACACCGAAGCUCCUUCUAAACCCACUGUUGAAAUGGAAGCUAUGGCUUUGCCUCUUGCAGCUACCCCUAUAGCUGUUGAGACAAAACUUAAACCGGUGGCAGUAGAGGUUAGCGAGGAAAAGGCUGCUCCUGUUGAGAGUGCCAAGCCCAAGACUGCACCUGUAGAAGCUACCAAGCCAGUUUCUACACCGGCAAAGGUUGCCAAAACCAAUGCUGAACAAAAACCACUUCUCGUUGAGGCAGUCAAGCCAGCCGCUGAGGCCAAGAAGGCUCCUGUUAAGGCAGCCAAGCCAGCAACUGAGGCCAAGAAGGCUCCUGUUGAGGCAGCCAAGCCAGCAACUGAGGCCAAGAAGGCUCCUGUUGAGGCAGCCAAGCCAGCAACUGAAGCCAAGAAGGCUCCUGUUGAGGCAGCCAAGCCAGCAACUGAGGCCAAGAAGGCUCCUGUUGAGGCAGCCAAGCCAGCAACUGAAGCCAAGAAGGCUCCUGUUGACGCAGCCAAGCCAGCAACUGAAGCCAAGAAGGCUCCUGUUGAGGCAGCCAAGCCAGCAACUGAGGCCAAGAAGACUCCUGUUGAGGCAACCAAGCCAGCGGCUGAGGCCAAGAAGGCUCCUAUUGAGGCAGCCAAAUCAGUUGCUGAAGCUAAGAAUUGUCCCAUUAAGGCAGCCAAGCCAGCCACUGAGGCCAAGCAGGCUCCCGUUGAGGCAGCCAAGUCCACUGCUGAGAUCAAGAAGGCUCCUGCUCAGGUUGCCAAAACAGUGGCUGAGGCUGUUCCUGUUAAGGUUACGGAGCCCAAAGCUGCUUCAGCAAAAGUUGACAAGCCUGCUGCUAAACUAAAACCUGUUCCUGCUGAAGCUAUUAAGCCAGCUACUGAGGCCAAAGCAGUGGCUGAGCCCAAGCCAAGCUCUGUUAAGACUACUGAGCCCAAAGCUGCCCCUUUAAAGGUUGCAGAACCAGUAGCUGAGAUGAGACCAGCUGCCAAGCCAAUGCCUGCUCCGGUAGAAGUAACCAAGCCAGUUGCAGAUGCUAAACCUGCUCAAGAAAAGGUUGCAAAGCCAACAGCUGAAACUUUAAAACCUAAACCGUCUUCUCCUGAGACUGCACCAACGCGCAAACUUACAUUUGCUGAGGCUGUUGCGAAACCUGCCCCUGCUAAACCUGAAGUUGAAUUAAUCAGUCCAACUCCGUCUGAUCCUGUGUCAAGCCCCAAAUCUGCCCCCGCUCUCGCUAAAUCCCCUGCAAAGGUGGAGCCGGUGAUCAAGAACGACAAGGGUAUUUCCUCUUCCUGUCCUGUUUGUCCCAUCUGUGUAUUUUUCCCUACUUUUAAGUAAAUUAUUUAAACUGAUCAGGUUUCAGAAAACUUGUUUCUUGUGAUGAAGUUACUAGCUUUGCUACAAGUCAGAUGUCAAACUGGCCUAUCUUAAAGAUACUGGUGAAUUUGUUAAUAUAAUACUCCAAGUAAAUCAUUUUGGAUGGAAACAAAAAUGAUAUCCUCAAAAUGUUGUUUUCUAUUUUUGUAUAGUCAGGCUUUUUUGUUUUUAUUAUAUUUGUAAUGAUGAAGUCAGUUAUGUCAGUAGUCAUAGUGGGAGGGAAUGUACUUGAUGUUAUUCUAUUCAAUAUUUUGAUUGAAAUAAGUCUUGAUUAGCAUUUUUUGCAGAAACAUUAUUAAGUAACUUUACUGCAGAUUAUUGUUAACUUCUAUCUGCAAUUUCCCACAGUCCUCUGGAUUUUUCAGUGAGACAUGUUCUCAUUUUAAAUAAAAAAAAUGUACUGACCUUUUUCAUUUACCUAAUUUUAUUCCUCAGGUUUCACACAGGUUAUGAGAACAGAAUUUACUAUGUUACAGAUUACAAAAUGGCUUGUACCUUGCAACUAACUAACUUAUAUGUC